AUAAAAAAUCCAAACCAAAAUAAUCGAUUUGUUUAGCCAAAACAUUUGGAAAAUACUUUGAUAAUAAUUAGAAAACUCAUUAUUAUUGCAAAAGAACAUUGCAAUAAUAAUGAAGGAAACGAAAAUGAGCUCUCACCUCGCUGGAGGAAGGCUUAACGUUGCCUUAAUUCAAGAGACAAUGAGAAAGGAGCUCCUCAAUCUUCUUCAACAAUGUGAGGGGCCGAAAGUGACAAUCUGGGACGACUGGCUGGCGGGCCCGGUGGGGCUGGUGGCGCAGUACUCGCUGCUGAAGGAGCACGAGGUGGUGGACAUGUUCCCUCUGCGCCCCGGCAGCCUGCCCACCAUUGCUGUGAAACAUAUUGUGUUCAUAGCCAGGCCUAAGCUUGCGCUGAUGGAUUUGGUGGCUGACUAUAUUUUGUCGCUAAGAACAAAACAAGGCCCCGGUGUGGACUUCCACCUGUUCUUCGUUCCGCGCCGCAGCGAGCUGUGUGAGAAGCACCUGAGCAACCGCGGGGUGCUCGCCAACCUCACCAUACAGGAGUUCAAGUGCGAUGUGUACCCGCUUGAUAGCGAUGUCAUGUCACUGGAGCUGCAGAAUGACUUCAGAGAGAACUAUCUAGAAGGCGACCCGACGUGCAUAUACAACGCGGCGCAGGCGCUCAGGACCAUCCAGCAGCUGUACGGGAUCAUACCGCGCGUGUUCGGGAAGGGAGUCGCCGCUAAACAGGUAUGGGAGCUAGUCUGUCGACUCAACAAGGAGGACGCGGGCGCGAGCAAGGGCUCUCAGACGUCCUGCAUCGACCACUUACUGCUAUUGGACCGGGCUGUGGAUUAUACCAGCGUCGUGCACACGCAGUUGACGUAUGAGGGGCUUAUUGAUGAGCUAUUCGGCAUCCGCAACUCGACGGGCACGUUCCCGGGACACAAAUUCGUCAGCGGAGACGACUCCGCUCCCGAAGCGAGUGCGAGGGAGAGCAAGAGAGUCAUCUUGAACUCAGGGGAACAGUUGUAUGCGGAUUUGAGGGAUCUGUACUUUACCCAGGUGGGGGCAGCACUGUCCAAGAAAGCGCGAGUGAUCAAGAGCCAACUGGACGAGCGGCACAACGACAAGUCUGUGCAAGAGAUGAAGCAGUUCGUGGCGCGACUGCCGCAGAUGUUGGCCAACAAGCAGGCUCUGGCCACACAUACUGCUAUAGCUGAGUAUAUCAAGGAGACCACAGACAGUUUUGACUUCCAAGACUUGAUACAGUGUGAGGAAGACUUCUUGAACUGCGUAGACAAUGAAAACGUUUGCACUUACAUCGAGGACCUUAUUGCACAGAAAGCGCCUCUGACCAAGGUGCUUCGUCUGAUCUGCCUGCAGUGCUCGACGGGCUCGGGCCUCAAGCCGAAGGUUCUCGAACACUACAAGCGCUCCCUGGUGCAGGUGUACGGCUUGAAGAGCUGGCUGGCGGUGGAGCGGCUGGACCAGACCGGGCUGCUGAGGGCGAGGGCGGGGCCGCGGCAGUACCAUGUGUUGAGGAAGGCGCUCCACCUGACGAUGGAGGAUUCGGAGGCGGUGGACAAGAGCUACCUGGCCAGCAAGUACACGCCGCUCACCGUGCGCCUCGCCGAGCACGUGGCCAGGAACCGCGGGUGGACAGGCAUCCACGAGUUCCUAGGUCUCCUCCCAGGUCCUACAUUAGACGAGCUACAAACCCUGCAGCCUCGCAUGACGCGGCGCAACUCCAUAUCCAGCGAAAACUCCUCAUCGCUGGAAUCCCCAAGAGUUAUUCUGGUCUUCUUUAUCGGAGGGUGCACCUACCACGAGAUAUCGGCGCUAAGAACCAUCAGUCAGCAGGAAGACGCUAAUGUCGAGUUCGUAGUACUCACCACAAAGUUGAUUAAUGGGAAUACGUUUUUGGAAACGUUGAUUGAGGGGGAAUAGUGUUGUAGUGUUGGUUUAGUAUUUUAAAUGUAUCUGUAUAUUAUGU